CGUCUCCACUCCCCUGGCCCUCUUUUGGCUUACAUGGUCACUGACACUGAGAAAAACGAUGGCAUCCUCAGCUUCCGUUUUAGGGCAUGGAAACAUGGCUUUCUCUGCUUCUUCCUUCUUUCUAAGACAAAAUUCUACAAUUGAGGUGGCAAAGUAUCAGAAAACAUGCUACGGAUAUCGUAAAAAUCGAUUCUUUAUUAAUUUCAUAAUCAGAAAACAAGCAUUUCGAACUUCUGAGCUAUGCUUAGGGUUUGUUGGAACCACUGUAGCUAUUGUUAAUCAGGAAAGAAAUUGCUUGGGCAUUCAAUUUACAGAAGGAGAAGGCAAACUCCCAAAGGUCUUGCUAAAAUCAAAUUCUGGUAGUGAAGCUGAGGUUUAUUUAUUUGGAGGGUGCGUGACAUCUUGGAAAGUUGCAAAUGACAAGGACCUUCUUUUUGUCAGGCCAGAUGCUGUCUUCAAUGGGAAAAAACCUAUCAGUGGAGGCAUCCCACAUUGUUUUCCUCAAUUUGGACCCGGUUCCAUGCAACAGCAUGGAUUUGCAAGAAACAUGACAUGGUCUGUCGCCAAGUCCGAAAAUGUUGAAGGCAAUCCAGUUUUAACAUUAGAACUCAAGGAUGAUCCAUACAGUCGAUCAAUGUGGAAUUUUGCAUUUCUAGCUUCAUACAAGGUUGCACUGAAUUCUAAGAGUCUUUCAACAGAACUAGUCAUCACAAACACAGACAGCAAACCAUUCUCCUUCAACAGUGCACUGCAUACAUACUUUCGUGGCUUCAUAUCAGCGGUAUCAGUCAAAGGUCUCAAAGGUUGCAAGACACUAAACAAGGAUCCUGAUCCUUCAAAUCCCAUUGAGAAAACGGAAGAGAGGGAAGUUAUCACUUUUCCAGGCUUUGUUGAUUGCAUUUACCUUGAUGCACCGGAAGAGCUACACCUCAACAAUGGAUUAGGAGAUAUUAUAUCCAUAAGAAACCAAAACUGGACAGAUGCAGUUUUGUGGAACCCUUACACACAGAUGGAAUCUUGCUACCGUGAUUUUGUUUGUGUUGAGAAUGCUAAGAUUGGACAGGUAACACUGGAAUCAGGACAAUCAUGGACCGCCAAGCAGGAUAUAAACCUCAAUGAGUGAAACUCUAUGAUUGUCUCUCUAGUUUUCCCCUAUCUAUAAUAAUAAGUAGCCAAUGUUCCAAGAAGAGAUCGGGCAUUCAUGAGAGAUGCUGACCUUAUUGUAUCCUUAAAACAAAAAUUCAUUCACUUGUAAAUUCACAUUUUGUGAUGUACAUUAAACGUGUUCAUGAACUCUUUUGACCCAGCAUGAGGCAAUUUAGACAUACGUCUUUCCUUGAACACAACUUUAUUUUGGGAAUCA